GUGAGACCUUUUUUGCGACGAGCAAUAAACGGCAUUUCGAAUUGGACUAACAAGGAAACGAGGCAAUUCGUUCGAUUAUGUUCCCAGUAGAUUGUUUCUGUCAUCUGUAUUCAUCGUUUCAAGAAAUUAAGUCACUUGAUAUUACCAGAUUCUGAAAACAUAGCAAUACUUUUUAUGCUGCUUGUUCGAGAUUCGUCUUGGAUUUGACCUGGGUGCCAGGAAAAAGCAAGCCAUGUUCCCUGACCCUCAUCUGAACUUAACUAUUGAAGUCCUGAAGAGGAUUUGCGGUCUGUCAAUGAGGAACUACAGGCUCAUCUUUUGCCACAACCUGAAGCAGCCAUAGAUGACCAUUCGAUUCACUGCGAGUGAGCGGAGCAGGAGAUAAGGUGAACUUCUGGGUGUUUACGUGCUCAACGACCGACGGAAGCUGUCCCGGCCGCGGAAGCCAUGAGGAAGAGCCUCUCCCCGUCGCUCGGCGACCCGCUCGGCAGCGGCAGGGUUUUCGGGGUCCCCCUGGAGGAGGUGCAGCAGAGCGGGCAGCCCGGGCAGGGGGUCCCGCUGCUGGUGAAGCACAUCGUGGACUACAUCGAGGAGCACGGGGGGCUGGACCUGGAGGGCCUGUUCCUGGUGAAUGGGAACGCGGAGCGUGUGGAGUGGCUACGCCAGCGCUACGACAGCGGGGAGGAGGUGGACCUGGAGAAGGAGGCCGACCUGGCCUCGGCCGUCAGCCUGCUGCGGCUCUUCCUGCAGGAGCUCCCAGAGCCCGUCAUCCCCUCCGGCCUGCAGGCCCACAUCCUGCAGCUCUACCAGGGUGAGACCCCCCUACCCCACCUACCCCACAUCCUGCAGCUCUACCAGGAUUACAGCAGUGAAGAGGGGCUGGCCAGGAACAUGAAGUACUUCCUGCAGCAGCUGCCUCAGGUCAACUACAGCCUGCUGCGCUUCCUGUGCCGCUUCCUGUCGAGCGUGGCGUCUCUGCAGGAGGAGAGCUGGAGCACCGGGGCACUGGCCGCCGUCUUCGGGCCGGACGUCUUCCAUCUGGACACCGACGUGGAGGACCUGAAGGAGCAGGAGUCUGUGAGCCGCAUCCUGGCCGAGCUGCUGGAGAACCAGGAGGAGUUCUUCGACUCGGACGAGGACGACGUCUCCACCACCAACGACUACAGCUCCAUCAACGAGCAAAUCACCGAGCUGCUGGACGACGAGAAGCUGGAGGCGUGUGAGGAGCUGCCGCAGGACCAGGACGACGGCCCGCAGGAAGGCCCCCCGCCUGACAGCCCGCAGGAAGACCCCCCGUCCCACGGCCCCCAAAUCACCCAGGUCACCCCCUCCUCAAGCUCACACAUCUCAUCCAUCAACAUCCUGCCUGGAUCCGCAGACAUCAUCGAGAGGGCCAUCCGCUCUGCUGUGGAGCAGCACUUCCUGGAUCUACAGAGCUCCAUCGACCAGGAGAUCAGCAGCUACGAGAGCCAGGAGAAGGGACCAGUGGAAGAGCAGGUGACUGCGCCGUCAGAGGAACAUGGGGAAGCGGUGCAGUCCCAGAGUCAGGAGGAGGCUGCCCACAGCAGCGCCCUCCAGCCCGGCACAGAGAUGGAUCACAGCUCGGGGGACCCAGAGGGGGACCAGCAGGAGGUCCCAGGGUCCCAUAUCCUGGGUGCUGCCACGGAGGAAAGUUCUGGAAUGGAGCUUGACACGAAAGCUCUGGUAGAUGCUGAAAACAACAUUAACACAGCAAGGCAGGAGAGCUGCCAGGUGCGUGAGAAGACAGACGGACGGGACCUCAUCACCAGCGGCACCGAGGGCGGGUGCGACCUCAACGCCAACUCUGAGUCCGGUCAGCCGCAGCCCGGGGCUCCCCGCCUCGAACUGCGUCACAUCUUCCCCGACAGCGAGUGGGAAGCGCCACGCCCCAACACUUUCCCCCUCAUAGACUUCUCAUGUAUGCACCUGCAGAGAGGAGGGCAGGACCCCGUGCCCGCCUUCAAGUCGUGGCAGGAGGAGAGUGACUCGGGCGAGGCGCAGCUGUCUCCUCUGGCAGGGCGCAUGGUGCCUCUGCCUUUAGAGGAGGACGCCCAUCCGCUCCUGGCCCGCCGCUUCCUGGACUUCGGGCACAGCCAGCGCUUCUUGCACCAGGACCCCGACGCCACCUCCCCCACCAAAGCGUCGUCCAGCGGGAGGCCUCGGCGCACCUCCUUAAGUUCCAAAGAGAGUGUGAAGGGGGACACCGUCUCUCACCAGCUCACCAAGAAACUCCAGAACCUCAAGAAGAAGAUCAAGCAGUUUGAAGAGCAGUUCGAGAAGGAGAGGAAUUACAAGCCCUCUCAUGGAGACAAGGCAGCUAACCCAAAGGUCUUGAAGUGGAUGACAGACCUCACUAAAAUCCGGAAACAGAUCAAAGGAAGACAGCAUCACUUUCCCAAAGGGUCCAUGAGGCACCUGGCAGUGCUUCAGUCACACAGACGCCACUCCUCCUCCUCCUCUUCCUCCUCCGCCCCGAACACACCCCCUUUAACACUCGCACGCCCCCUCACAGCCUCUAGACAGGAACCUCACCUCAAUGCCAAGCAGAAGCUGGAGGGCGAGCUGGCGCCCCAGGCCCGGCCCCGCAGUAACACCCUGCCCAAGAGCUUUGGCUCCACGCUGGAGCACCCGGCCCAGGAGGGCGGCUCGGAGGGGGAGGCCAGGGCCCGCCGGCCCACGCGGGAGGAGACCCUGGAGCUCAUCCAGCGCCGCAUGAAGGGAAAGAGAGAGGACGACGCGCGGCCCGAGGACAUCCGGAAAAUGAGUAAGGAGCAGCUGUCCUGUGAGAAGACCGUGCUGCAGAAGAACCUCCUGCACUACGAGGGCCUGCACGGGCGGCCGGUGAGCCGUGAGGAAAGAAUGAUCGUGAAGCCCCUCUACGACCGCUAUCGCCUGGUCAAGCAGAUGCUCACCCGCGUCAGCAUCACACCCAUCAUCGCCUCCCCCUCCAGCAAGCGGCGGAGCCAAACCCUGCAGCCCAUCAUCGAAGGAGAGACGGCCCACUUCUGCGACGAGAUCAAGGAGGAGGAGGAGGAGGAGGAGGAAGAGGAGGAGGAGCUGGCCGAGGUGACGAGCGAAGGCUCGCCCGAGGUGAUCAUCGCCCUGGACCCCGCCGCCCAGCCGGACGUCCUGCUCCGGCCCAAGAUGGACGACAGCUCCGGGAAGCUGGCCCUGGACCUGCGCCUGUCCAGCUCCAACGCCUCGUCCAUGCCUGAGCUCCUGGAGCAGCUGUGGAAGGCCCGAGCAGAGAAGAAGAAACUGAGGAAGACCAUCCGGGAGUUUGAGGACGAGUUCUACCAGCAGAAUGGCAGGAACGUUCAGAAGGAGGACCGCGCUCCCAUGAUGGACGAAUACAAAGAGUACAAACGGAUCAAAGCCAAACUGCGCCUGCUGGAGGUGCUGAUCAGCAAGCAGGACUCCUCCAAAUCCAUCUAGAGCCACCGCGACUGGCUGUCAGAGGCUGAGAGCAGUGAGGUCGGGGGUCACGACCCCGAGUGUGCGCACGCACGUGCCAGCUCACCCUGCAGACGCACACUCCAGUCACCCCACACACACACCCUAACAACGACCCCCCACGCCUCACUGCGGUGUCGAGGAGGAAGAGGAGGAGGAUGAAGGGCAGCAGCUUUACCCAACUAACAGACUCUGCACAUGCCUCCUUCGCUCCAUUUGGCAAACAGAAGAUAUCUUUUGGUCCUCAUCAAGUUAACUUUUCCAAGUUGGAUGGGUUUUUUUGUUGUUUUUGUUGGUUUUUUGUUUUGUUCUUUUCAUUUCACUUAGUUUCUCAUACUGAGAAAUUUUUACGGGGAGAAAGCAAUGCAUGUGGACGGGCUGUGGUUCCUCUGUCCGUGGUGUGUGUACACGUCUGAACGGAAGAGUUCAUGACAGGGACCCGGCGGCGUUACUGUCGACUUACAGACUGGCGUGGACACAUUUAUCUCACCCUCACUUUUUCACCUUUUACACUCAAAUUAUUUCUUUUUUAAAGCAUGGACAUAUAUGUGUGUAUGUAUGUGUAUAUAUACAUACAGAUGUGUUUGUAUUUGGACUCACGUACGUAUGCUAGUAACCUUCAUUCAGAACUAACGGCAAGAUUUUUCAGUGACAAAAUCAUACGACACAUUUGCCACCAUAAGAACUGACAAAAGAUGAACCAAAUGACUUACUGUAAGUAGUUUUUUUAAUUUUAGCUUUUUGCAGUCGUGCUCGGAUCGUUGAGCGACUCGUUGUGCAGAACAGUUGGGAGUGUGCUGUGUGUUAGCGGCACUGUGUGUUAGCGGCACUGUGUGCUUUUCCCUUGUGGUGUCCCACUUUGACACCAUAAGGAGCGACGGGUGGAGAGCACAUUCGGAGAGACAGAGAGACAGACAGAGAGAGAGAGAGCGAGAGAGAGAGCGAGAGCGAGAGAGAGAGAAUACUCCUCUUUAUCUACAAGACUCCAGUCAGCCUCGAGUUUCCCUGCUUGUAAAACGCGCCUCUCCCCAUGGCUUCAUCAGGCCAGUAAUGGUGCACAGAAUGCUGGUCAUCUACGCGUUUCACCACCGCUUACCAUGUAUGGACAUUACUGUACCCCUCAAAUAAUCAGCAUGGACUCCUGUGCGUGUCAUUUUAAAAUCUUUUUUUUAUACUCUUAAAGGUUUGCUUGCAGAUGGGGAAGGACUUAUUUAUGGACAAAAACGUGUGCGAAUGGAACUUCACCGGCGUUAAGGCGCCCGUUCUGUAACGUGCGGGAGGAUUUGGGACGUGGGAUGGAGUGUGACCUUGGUGUACCAGCGUGCCGGCAGGGCCUGGUGUGGAGCGUGUGUUCAUACUGCCGGCGGUAUUGACUGGUGCGUCACUGACAUUGCCAAUGCCCCGGGGCUGCAGUGCGCAGUGCGGGAAGUGUUAAGCUCUCAGUGUUGUGUGUCCGGGAGAAAAGAGCCAUGCACGGGCAUCUCUCUGAAAACUCGCUGCGCAGGGCACGUUGCCGCUCUUAAAUAUCAGCACCGGCCUUCAGAUGAACUAAUGCUAGCUGUACAAAUACGUGCUUUAUAGCUAAUGCUAGUGCUAGCGAGCUGUACAAAUACGUGCUUUAUAGCUAAUGCUAGUGAGCUGUACAAAUACGUGCUUUAUAGCUAAUGCUAGUGCUAGCGAACUGUACAAAUGCAUGUGGUAUUGCUAGUGCUAGUGCUGGCGAUUGGUAUCCUGCCACUCCCUCCAGUCUCCAUUCUUUUGGGGGGUGAGGCCAGGACCAGUCAGUGCAGGAGAAGGUGUGGUCCCCGCGUUUUUUCCUCUCACGCCUGCCACGCUGGUGCUAUACGUGCAUUCGCGCAUCGUGCCCCAGGCGCGACGCACACGCCGCGCGUCACUGUGCUGUUGGCCGCUCGGCUGGGUCUGGUGCUUGCUUUCGGCCCUGCCCGCCCCGGGUUUUCCUUUCUUCUUUCUUUUUCUCCUCCUUCUAUUCUGCGUACACCCCGCUGUGGUGACUGCGGGCCAACACCUGUCCUUCUUUUUUAUUUUUUUUGGGAGGGGGGGGUGGGGGGUGGGCAGGGCAGGAUCUUCUGCUAGUGUACCCCCUGUGUCUCUCUGCAGGGGCGUGGCAGGAGCAGUCUGCCCGUCCGCCCAUCUGUCAGUCUGUCGGCUGUUUGUGUCUGUCGCAGGAGCAGCAGCUGGGAGUGGGGUAGAGGACGAAGGGGUGGGGUGGGGCUGGCUGUAAAUAAAGCGCCAAAGAUUGCACUGUCAUUGGUCCGGCAUGCUGCAUCCGGCAGGGGGGCUCUCCCCUCUUGUCAGCCAUCCGACUGGUCAACCACGCACAACAGGGGGAGCCGCUCUCUCUUCAUUGGGCUACGCGGGCAGCCUGCCCGUACAGAGCGGCACAGCCGGGGAACGGCCCUCGUGCCGUCUGCGUCCACACGCCCGACGCUCGUCCCCUGCGGCUCCACGGCGCCCCCCAGAGCCGGCACCUUCUCUCUCACCGCGCACUCUGUACUUUAUUUACCCAGGCCGGGCCCGACCUUCAACUGACGUGUUUCGGUACUAGCUGCAGCAUAUUGCAGUUGAUCUUCGAUACAUGUUGUAGAGGCACAAGAAUGUAGAAUAAAGGGUUUGUAUAGUAGCGUUAGGGAUCGCUAAUGGUUGCAAGUUUGUCAGUAUACGACUGCAGCUGAUU